AUGUAUCCCACUCGCAUGCUGCGGAUGCAGCCCACUCGGGCUUUCGCCUUCCCUUCUCCUAAGGAGCCUCACAGCGCCCACACCAUCUCCCAGCGCCUGCGCCAGCUCAAGCGUGUGCCCCCCGAGUUGCUCCCUAUCGGCUUCGUCCUUGCUGUUGCCAUUGGCGCCGCUGUCUACUCCUGCGGCAAGAAGCUGAUGACCGACAAGACCCUGCGUCUUUACCGCAACAGCCCCGAGAGCCGUGAGCACUAA